AAAAUCUUGAGUCGCGUCGCGAGGAAAAUUCAGUCAUCAACGCGUGUCCAUCGAAUCGGCAGUGAAAAUGUGCCAGCGGCGGUUCUUCAGCAGCAAAUACACCAGUUUCCACAAGAAUCACAUCAAGUUGUUUGCCGUUUACAUGAAAACGGCGAAUUUGAUGCAAAAUUCGAACGUGCUAAAGCGUUCGCUGUAAGCGCCGCUGCCUGUGCCGUCGCCUCCCCCUCUCCCAUGCAAAAAAGAAGAAAAAUUAACAAAAAGUUGAUUCCCGGCUGUGUGUGCUAGUGCUUUCAGCUUAGUGCUAAAUGGAAAAUAAAACCCCCUAACGCUUGAAUGCAAAGUUAAAAUGUCGGAACGGAAAAACCCCAAGAAGCUAGUGAAAAUCCUUGUUAAGAGUUAUUACAAUUGAAAAUCCAUUUAGGCGUGUCUAGCCAAAUAACAGUGAAGAAACAUAGCAGCUGAAAGGAACCUGGCUGAGUAGAAGUACGUUGUAGCAUGCCAGGAUCAAAAAAGUGAAUAACAGAUCAUAAUGAGCAUCCGCACGGAGCAGGAUUACGACAGUGCCACUCCGGCGCUGGCACAGCAAAUGAAUUUGGCCCGAAGAGCCUGCUGGAGGAUCAAAUCCUACAGCUCGGAAUCCCUCUUCAAGACCUAUGCUUCUGUAAUAACAGAUACUAGUGCAAAUGAAAUCGAUGCAGAAGCACCUCCACCACCGAGAGAUAAAACCAAAACGAGAAUAGAGCCACAGAUAGCGCCCGCAAAACGCAACUCAUCCUGCACAUCAUCCGACUGGCGGGGGAUGUUCAGCAAAAGGACGCUGCUCAUCUGCGCCCUGGCACUGAUCCUUGGAAGUGCCCAGGCGCGGCCCAACACGAGUGCUGUGGGAGUGGCUCCGAGAAAGGUCAGCCAGGACAUUGUGGAUGCGGUCACCCAGCUAAAUCUGGGCCAGUCGGCGCCCAUUGAUGCGGUGGAUGUGGGGCUGGAUCCAACGCCAUCGGCGAGAGUGCCACGUCCCGAACCAUUGAAAUCCGGCGACGAGAAUGCGAAGGGCGACGAGGGACACAAGAUGGAGCGGUAUCCCCUCUCCAGUGUGGACUUCGCUCGGGUAAAGACGCCGUUCAUCAUUGGAAUCUGGAUCCUGUCGGCCAGUAUAGCUAAAAUCGGUUUCCAUAUGACGCCCAAACUGCACCUAAUAUUUCCGGAAUCGUGCCUGCUGAUUGUCGUGGGCGUGGUCAUUGGCGUGGUGCUCUAUUUCUGCACCGAUGUCGCCGUCUCCCCGCUGACUCCCAAUACCUUCUUCUUCUACAUGCUUCCACCGAUUAUCCUGGACGCGGGCUACUUUAUGCCCAACAGAUUGUUCUUCGACAACCUGGGCACCAUCCUGCUGAUGGCGGUGGUCGGAACCAUCUUCAACAUAGCUACCAUCGGUGGCUCCUUGUACGCCUGCGGAAAGAUGGGAAUUUACGGGGAAAGCGAGACUCCGGGUCUAAUGGACGUGUUUCUAUUUGCCUCACUGAUAUCUGCAGUGGAUCCGGUGGCCGUAUUGGCCGUAUUCGAGGAGAUACACGUGAACGAGAUCCUAUACAUUGUCGUCUUUGGCGAGUCCUUGCUGAACGAUGCCGUCACGGUUGUGAUGUACCACAUGAUGGAGUCCUACAAUGAGAUUGGCUUGGACAAAAUCAUCGCCCAGGACAUUGCCAGCGGUGUGGGUUCCUUCUUCGUGGUAGCGCUCGGUGGCACUGCCAUAGGCAUCAUCUGGGGCUUUCUCACGGGCUUGGUGACCCGAUUCACCGAUCACGUGCGUGUCAUAGAACCCAUUUUCAUAUUUGUGAUGGCGUACUUGGCCUAUCUCAAUGCGGAAAUAUUCCACAUGAGCGGCAUUUUAGCCAUCACUUUCUGUGGUAUCACAAUGAAAAACUAUGUGGAAUCUAAUAUUUCACAAAAGUCGCAUACGACUGUCAAAUAUGCCUUAAAGAUGUUGUCCAGCUCGGCGGAGACCAUUAUAUUUAUGUUCCUAGGCGUGGCCACUGUGAACAACAUGCACGUAUGGAAUACGUGGUUUGUAGUGCUGACCAUUGCCUUCUGUUCAGUAUUUCGUGUCAUUGGCGUCAUUUUGCUAUCGGCCCUUGCCAAUCGCUUCCGCUUGCACAAAUUGUCCCGGGUGGAUCAGUUUGUGAUGUCCUACGGAGGAUUGCGUGGUGCUGUGGCCUUUGCCCUGGUGCUGUUGGUGGACGAGAAUGUGGUUAAGCAGAAGAACAUGUUUGUUACCACCACGAUAGCUGUGAUUUACUUUACUGUCUUCCUGCAAGGAAUCACUAUAAAGCCGCUGGUGAAAAUCCUUAAUGUCAAGCGCGCUAAUAAACGCAAGCCAACCAUGAAUGAGCGCAUUCAUGAACGGUUCAUGGAUCACUUGAUGGCUGGAAUUGAGGAUAUAGUGGGCAAGACGGGCAACUACAACGUGCGUGACAAGUUCAAGCGUUUCGACAAUCGCUUUAUUCGCCCGCUGCUGAUCAGAGAUCUUAAGGGAGCUGAGCCGAAGAUCAUCGAGACGUACUCCAAACUGACGAUGCGCGAUGCUAUGGAAGUUAUGAGGCGAAAUCCAUCCACUAUUGGCCAGAUGACGGGAACCGAGUCGAUGAGCGCCCUUUUCCGGAAUUAUACCAAUAACUAUAUUGGCGGCAGGUGGGCACCGCCAACCAUAUACACCACCUGCCCCAGUCUGACAAAUCUAGACAAUACCUGUUCCCGUAAUCUGGACAUGGCUGAGCUGGAUUAUAAUCCAUCCAAGAAGGAUCUAACCGAUGCCAGGAUCCAUCAUCUUUUGGCCGAAGAACUGAAGCCUUAUAGAAGGCACCGUCGUCUUAGUUAUAGCCGACACGCAGUAGAUGACAGAGAUUUGUCAACCCAGGUCAAUUACAAGAUGCAAAUGAACUUCAGGCGGAUGUUUAAUGAUCGAAAACAUCACAAACGCAGCAAACGUGGUGCCAGCAACAAGGAGGCCAAGGAGAACGUUAAGCAGAAUCAUGUCUCGUUCCAUGACUUUCAACAGAACGGCACCACUAAGCAACUCACCAAUGCCGAGGAGUGCCAACAGAAUCCCAACGAGAUCAAUGUUGUUGGCCCGAGCGACGAUUGGGAUGAUGGCCUGACCUUCACCGCCAAAUCAUCACUGGCCGAACAUCCCAUUCCCGAGGAGGAUCGUAAUCUGUCCCGCGAAUCCGACGGAGAAAGGCGUGUGGCCACACCCACCGCCACGGAAUCCCAAUUGCCGUGGAAAAGACAGGGUGACGAAUGCACGGAUGCAGUGCAGCAGAACGAGUUUCCCGCUUGGGCCUCCAACAAGGAGUACUUGGCUUACAAUUCCCCCAGUGCAACAUUCCUAGGUGGUAUAAACAAGCCUAAACAGCCCAAGUCCGUCAUAGGUCUCUUCCGCCGUGAGAGUUCCAGCUCGAAGGCCGGGAGCGUUGGCGUCGGCAGCACAGGAGCCAUGGACUCCGCCGCCAGUGGCUCCGAAACGAUGGUGGUGUCCAUGUCCAGCCAACCGCCCAACGCUCCAUCGACGUCCAUCCACAAUCCGCGGCUGGACAAGCGCUCCCAGUCGAUCUCCUCAAGCUCGCUGGGCGCCGGAGCCCAUCAGCUAGGUCCGGAGGGUCAUUCCGGCCCAUUUCCGGUUACGGCCAGUCAUCGGCGGAACGUGCGCAGGGGCUCCAUGCUGGAGCUAAGCGGAGACACAAUACCGGAGGAGUCGUCGUACCAGCACGGACACUCCAAGUCCUUGUGCGAGCCGGCGGACUCCGAUGAAUGGGAGGGAGCACCGUUGUCCGCAGCCGGCGGAGCAAACAGCGAGCUUUUGAUGCGAAUGAGCGGCAGGGAACCACUCCUGCCACGCCCAUCCAACACGCCUCGUGCCCAGAUUCGGCGCAUGAACGCCGGGGCGGUGGGCGGUGCAGGCGUGAGCCAGGCGGGCCGUAAGAACCAGGUGACCAAGGCACUGUUGGACUACGAGGAUUCCGAAACCGACUCCGAUGAGAACGAUGAUGAUGAGGACGAGGACUUCGAUUCCUACGAUGACGAGAACAUUGUGGUCACCACCUUUACAACACCGGCCACGGGCAGAAGACCGGGAUCUAGUCCAGGAUCCGGGUCAGAAGCCAACACCGCCACUACCACCACGACAAGCAUUCGGCUGACCCGCAACAACGACGAAAGCAUCAUUUGAGUAUCAAGCACGGAUGGCGACGCGGAGGAUCUGGAGGAUGAUGAGCCACCGGUGUCAGCACCACCAUCUAACAAUCCAAAAAGUUUGCGUCUGCAUCUAUUCCCGUAUGAGAUGUUCUAAGCUCACAUUUAAAUGACCUAGGUCGUAAGACAAAAGUUGAAAAAAAACGUUGGAAAAUAGUUUCAAAAUAAGGUUUAGACCAAAAAGGUUUAUAACUAUAUUAACAUAUGAAUCGGACAAAUGUUAAGAUAAUGGAAUAGCAAAAAUUGUAUAUAACACCAGAUAUGAAUAACUUAAUUAAUUUCUCUUGGUCGUUUAAGUCGCUUUUUAAGAUUUUUAACUUCCAGUUUUGUGCUUAGUCCCGAUCAAUUCUUAUUAUGUAC